CUCGUCUUCGCUAGGGUUUUGGGUCUCCCCGCCACACUGAAAGAACUCUCCUUUUCUCCAUCAACGACAACAUGCCUAAGCAAAUCCACGAGAUCAAAGAUUUCAUUGUCACCGCAAGAAGGAAAGAUGCGCGGUCUGUGAGAAUCAAGAAGAGCAAAGGAGUCGUCAAGUUCAAGGUCCGUUGCUCCAAGUACCUCUACACCCUCUGCGUCUUUGACGAAGAGAAGGCUAACAAGUUGAAGCAAUCUCUCCCUCCUGGUUUGAACGUGCAAGAGCUGUGAAAAUUGUCAAGUGAUUACUAGGAGAAAAAGGAAGAGAUUUUUGCUUUAUUUUAUGCCCCUUUCACAUUGAUUCAAUUACUUUGAUUUGUAAUGGAUCUGAAGUAGUAGCAGCAGGAUAUGACCCUUUAAACGCUUUUUGAAAUUGGAAUUUUGGGUUAAUUAUUGCAGUUUUCUUUUCGACA